AUGUCUCAGCAACCUUGCCUUCUAGAGAGGCUCCCUUUACACAUCGCCCAGUACCUCGCCAACUUCCUUCAUCAAGACAGCAUCCGCCCUUUUUCCUUGGCCAGCAAGUUCUGCUGUCAAGCAGCGGCACCACGCCGCUUCACCAGCCUUAAGCUCACCGCGCGUGAGAGGGACAAGUUCGAUCGUGAUGUGGAAGAACUGAGAGCAACUCUCGCCGUCGACAAUCGCUCCCAUCACGUCCGUCGAAUCACGCUGAGGGGUUUUCUCCUCUUGGGAACUGAUCAUCUUGGCCCAAACGGUGUUGACGGAAGAUUCCUCGCCAACGGUGGUUGGAACGAGUCGCCCGACAAUGAAGGAGACAGUGAAACGGAGGACGUGUAUGACUCGAGCUAUUUCAGGCCUAAUCUGCCCAAAUACGACUCACAGCGCAAACAAGAGCUGAACGAGGCAUGGCAACCCUUCGCCGACCUCAUAGGCCAGCUAUCUGGCCUGAGAGAUCUUAUCUACGCCUGCACCCACCAAAUACCGCGAUGUGUACUCGAGGCAUUGCACCAACGCCAUCCCCGGAGUCGCCUGCAUAUGCAUACCUUCAGUCUGCGGAGUCUUUACUUGUCCGCAAGUAACGUUCAAGCUAUAGACGCUGAUGAGUAUGCUUUGCUUACAUCUCCCUGUCUCUACAGCAUCGACAUGAAGUACGAGCCAUAUAGCGACGAAGCAGAGAAAAGCUUCAAUACAGAGGCCCUUCACUGGUUGAUAGUGAACUCGUCUUCUCUGAGGAAGUUCAAGCUUGACUACAGGUACGAUACUAUGGCGGUGCGGCACGGGGCUUAUCAGCCCGAAUCCUCUUGGGAGGACUUUCUAGAGCAAGCCGGUGCUGGCAAAUCUGCCGACGGCAAGAUUUCGAAGAAACCCGAAAAGCACCCAUUGGAGUCGCUCACAUUGCACUCAUCUGGCUUUAUUUACGAACUGCUCAAUCAUAUCGCAGCCUGGAAACCUCUUCGAUCCUUCAAAGAACUGCGUCACCUCGAACUAUCGCCAUGUCUCUCUUUGGACGUCACGUCCUUGAUUUCGAUGGCAGCAGAGGGCGAGAUCCCUUCCCUCAGGAGCCUAUCAGUCGACUGGGAAGACAUGCACAACAACCUCGGCCAGUUGCUUUCAGUUCUACCUCAUCUCGACACCCUCAAGCUGAGCGGCAAUCUCGAUGAGACGACCUUUCAAGGGAUUCACGAUGGCCCACGCCUGGCCUUGCGCAAACUUCAGAUUUACCCUUUUGCGCCCCUGGAUCAUUCCCAGGUGCGACAGCUGAUUCAGUGGUGUCCAAAGCUGGAAGAUGUCCGCCUACGUCUAGCGCGUGAGGCGGGACCGCAUGAAACUGCCAUCUACCGACUUCUUGGGCGGUUGCCACGGCUCCGACGGGUUGUGCUGCAGUUUGUCUGUCCAGAACCGCAAUACCCUCCUCCCAUCAGCGCGAUCAUGGAUCUGUCAUGGGACAAGUUUCGAGACGUUCGGAAGGCUUUAGUCGAGAUUGCCGUCGAUGAGACUUUGGCUCGUGCCAUCUUUCGAAAGAUUGCAGCAAGAAAGUGCCCAUUGGAACGGCUCAAAAUCGAAUGCCUCCCGAUCCAAGAUUCCGCCAGGGCCCUCAGAUCUUACCACGCCAUGUCAUCAUCCUACGACGCCAGUUGGGAAGAUAUCGUGGAGGUUGUCGGUGGUCGUACAUGGAUCUGCACAAGACAGGAUGUAGAAUCAUCCGAGGUGGAGGUGCGUGAGGUUACCAAGGAGACUGGCAGCAGGGACAAGGCAUUGGAAUGUCUUAAAAAGACGGAUGAUCAAGAAGUCAAGGAGCUUUGGAAACAGGUAUGGCCUCCGCGUGAGGGGGGAAGUGAUAAGUGGUGGGAGAAUUGGUGGAGUUAUCCUCUGUCUGACAUUCUCGACGACAAUGGCGAAGAUGUGGUCGGGGGUGCGGGCCCUGAUAUUUAG